AUGGCGCGGAGCGUCAAGCGUCCGCGGGCAGCGCCGCAGGCAUUUCACGAGCUCGGAAAGCAGGGUCGGAAAACUGGCAUAACACUGCAAGAUCGGGGCGUGCGCGACGAACAUGGCAUGCAACCACUCGAUUCCAUCUUCUCUCCCCACGAAGCAAAAGCUGCCUCGAGCGACCCUGAUUCAGAUGACUCGGGAAGCGUUGAAAUGAGCAUUGCGUCCAGUGCUGGCCCAGGACCCCAGACAUUACUUAAAAACCGAAAUAGCAUCACAUAUCCCAUUCCGAAGAGCAAAUCUCCCAUCAAAACAAAACUCAACUCCCCCGCCAAACGAAACCCACACCUGGAACACCUUUCGUCGCCAUCGCGCGGCACCUUGACACCAGUUCAAGAUGCGACAGUCACUCGAAAACUGGACUUUGCCGCCCACUCCAACAGGUCGAAGCAGCCGAGUAGCAAGCGCCCCUCCAACGGCUUGAGACCACCGAGGGCUUCACUACAUCAUGCAGAGGACCAUGAGGCGGAUUUGCCUACAGACCCUAUCCUGGGCGGCCAGAAUGACCCGACAAUGUCAGACAUGGUCGAGCAGUCUUUGCAGCUGGUAAACGCCAUGCACAGUGACAAUUUCACCGCGGGCGGCUUUGAGACGGGACUGGAAGAGUUGCCACCAGCAGAAGGGAACGACGAAAUCCCAGAGGAACCGGAGCUACCGUCCGCCAAACCGUCACCGGCAGCGGCGCCGUCGCAUGAACCACAACGACCGAUAAAGUCCCCCAUGCGGCCCAUGCCAUCAAUCUUCAAGGGGCAGAAACGGUCGUCACUGGACAGAGUUGUUGAGAGAGACGAGCCUGAACAAGACCACGAGGAGAGACAAGACAAGCGACAACGCACAAGUAUGCCACCGCCGCCAAAACCAGCAGCCACAGCAUCCAGACCAGCAGCCGCCGUGCCAAGACCGAAGCCGCGAGUGGUCAAGCCGGAGCCGAAACCAGUCAAACGAGGCCGAGGGCGGCCCAAGAAAUCAGAGCAACGACCAAAGCCAGUGGCGGCAGACGACGAUGACGAUGGCGACGAGACAAUCAUGGAGAUACAACGUGGACCGCCCAUGCCGAGAGCCAGGGGUUUGGUAUCCUUACGAAACGACAGCGGUUUUGACGCGCAGGCGCGGGCAGGGCGACGGUCAGUCCAGCCGUUGCAGCAUUGGAGAGGUGAACGUGGUCAUUACUGGGCACCGGAAGGGGAAGAAGGAGAAGAAGAUGAGGAUUCCACGGCGGCAGUGCUGGCGAGGGCUGGCGAUGCCAACGGCGACGAUUCCAGCCUGUCAGCAGUUAGAGAAGUGGUGCGCCUUCCCGAGGAUGCACCACCAUCAAGACGAGCACCAAGAAGCAAAACACGAACCAAGGCCAGGUCAACCGCGUCAAUCCGAGAAGCUGUGCAAGAAGACGAAGAGCUGGAAGGCUGGGAAAUCAACGAGGGCGUCGUCACGGGCGACAUUGUCAUCUGGGAACCGGGACACGCAGUCGACACCCCCAAGGACCACGACGAGGUGCAGCUCACCGAAGACCAGCUGGCCAUCUCGGCGGACGCCAUUCAAACGCAGGACAUCCCCAACGCUACAUUCCGCUUCGCCAAGACCCUCACGCUGCCGUUCAUGGGCGCAGGCGUGGUGGACUUGCCCACCGGCGCGGAAAAGAUGCUCAAGAACUCGCGCAAGAUGCACAUGGUGUUUUUUGUUCACUACGGCAAAGUCCUCGUAACGAUAAACCAAAAGUCGUUUCGGAUAUCAGCGGGCGGAACAUGGUUUGUGCCACGUGGCAACUAUUACUGUAUAGUCAACGAUUAUGAAGUCCCUGCUCGAAUAUUCUUCGCUCAAGGCUGUGAAGUAGUGCAGGAAGCUCCGCCGGAGGAAUAG